UCUCCAUGGUAACCACACACCACCCCCUUCCUCCUUCAGUUUCCUUUAAAAGCACACAGCGGGUCCGGAUGACCGCCGUCAACUUGAGCGGCUCCGAGAAGAAAAGAAAAGAAAAGAAAAGAAAAGAAAAGAAAAGAAAAGAGCGUCUGACUGGACAUGGACCUCACACCAUACGUUCUGGUUUUCCUCUCCGUGUCCAUUCAAGGGCUCCUGUCUGAAAACAACAACACCUCAACAGAGUCGGUCCACUUCAGGUUGGUGGGAGGAGCCAGUCGUUGUCAUGGUGACCUGGAGAUGAAACGACAGGACGGAAACUGGAAACCAGUGGAUGGGUUAUAUUGGUACAGGAAGUCAGGAAACAGAGUUUGUGCAGAACUGGACUGUGGAUCUGCAGUUUCACUGAGAAACAGAGACACUGGUUCACUUACAGAUAAUUGGAGGAUCAGUCGAAUCUGUGAUGAAUCUGAACUGAAUGACUGUUUUAGAUCUGAUAUAUAUUUCCGUACAUCCCUGGAGCUGAAUUGUUCAGGCGGCGCUCUCUGGAGCAGCAGAGGCUCCUGUGGUGCAGAUGUUCCAGUGUGA